AUGGCUGCUAUUUUCGCGAAUGGUCUGUUACAGAACACGGCCAACUGGAAUUUCUUCUGCGACGAGAGCGAAUGGGCCCUCGACCCUAAUGUCCCUUCUACUGUUAUACAAGAAUUUUGGAUGAUCAAGCACCUACCAGCUGGUCCUCGCAAGCAAAAAGUGUCCGCGUCUCUUUGCACGAUCCCACUAGAUUAUAAGGCUGGAUUCAGUGGUGGGCAAGCGGAAGCGGUCACAUUAACAGCCACACACACUCAGGGGGAUAUAAAGUAUGGCUGGGUAGACAUCGUUCAGCUUGCUAAAGACGACAGCGCUCAGACUGAUGCUACAAAGUCACAGACUGUCAGCAAUGCUGAUACUUUCACAUAUUGGAUCAAUGGUGCCCUCUGCGAACACCUGUCUAAAAAACCCGGUUUAUUCUUCGAUGAGAUGGCUGUUUUCCUCUGGGAUAGAUUCCGCACCCAAGUCACAACUUCCAGCAUCAAACGAGCCCUUGUUGCCAAAGAUUGGUCUAGAAAGAGCACUUGGCAGCAAGCGAGGGAGCGAAAUGCCCAUUUGCGAGAAUGGUAUCUGCAUGAUUUAUUGGAUUUUCUGUCGUAUCAGCUGGCUUACAUAGACGAAUCCGGAUGUGAUAAAAGGGUGGGGUUCAGGCGCACAGGUUGGUCACCACUUGGUGCGUCCCCUUUGCAAGUAUCACACUUUCACUGCGACGAGCGAUAUCAGAUACUGCCUGCGUAUAUCCAGGAUGGGAUCGUUUCCUCGCUUGUUUUCCGCAAGCCCACAGAUGCCACCGUGCUGGAGGACUUCAUAGCGCAGCUUCUUCAGCACUGCGGAAGAUCGGAAGAUGGCCCGAGCCUAAAACCGUUCUGA